AUGCAAUUCCAACUCCUCCUCUCCUUGCUUUGCGCUAGCUUGGCUGCAUCGGUUGCAAUCAACCGAGAAGCCCAUGCGGCCAUCGAGGAGAGACAAUUCCCUACUUCGAUUCCCGGCUUCCCAACUUCAUUCCCUCAAUUUCCGACGACAUUCCCCGGCUUUCCAACUAGCUUUCCUGGCUUCCCAACCACCUUUCCUGGCUUCCCAAGUAGCUUUCCAGGACUGCCAAAUCCGAAUCCCACCAACCCUCCAAGUCCUGAGCUCGGCGAAGAUAAUGAAGCUAAUCUAGACCCAAAGCCUUCUCCAAACCGGUUCUAA